GUUUCGCACUUUUUUCGGAAGUUCUCUUAAGCGGUGGCAACAUGUCUGGUCGCGGCAAGGGCGGGAAGGGCCUGGGCAAGGGCGGCGCCAAGCGCCACCGUAAGGUGCUGCGCGACAACAUCCAGGGCAUCACCAAGCCCGCCAUCCGGCGGCUGGCCCGGCGCGGCGGCGUCAAGCGCAUCUCCGGCCUCAUCUACGAGGAGACCCGCGGGGUGCUCAAGGUGUUCCUGGAGAACGGCAUCACCAAGCCCGCCAUCCGGCGGCUGGCCCGGCGCGGCGGCGUCAAGCGCAUCUCCGGCCUCAUCUACGAGGAGACCCGCGGGGUGCUCAAGGUGUUCCUGGAGAACGUGAUCCGGGACGCCGUCACCUACACGGAGCACGCCAAGCGCAAGACGGUCACGGCCAUGGACGUGGUCUACGCGCUCAAGCGGCAGGGCCGCACCCUCUACGGCUUCGGCGGCUGAGCGCCUAGCACCUGGUGCUACUUCCACAGACACAAAAAGGCCCUUUUUAGGGCCACCUUUAUUUUUCAUGAAAGAUCUGUAGCUUUUAUUAUAACCUUCAGAACCCAGGGGUUCAAGAGUUAUCGGGUUGCGGUUACUGUCAGAUUUGCUGUGCUUUUGUCUGAAUCUGACAGGAAACGUUGGGACUUUGAGCUGUGCCGCAGCUCUGCGGCUGUUGGGUUUAAGCCUUGGGCCACCAAUCGUUUCUUAUCGGCCGACAGGGUCACGUGGCACCGUCGGAUCUUCCAAGGAGCUUCCUUCUCGAGCACUUCCGAGUUCGAGGUCGCGUGGAUUUGUUCUCCAAAUACUAGAAAUAUUCCCAGCGCGAGAGAGCAGCUUCUGAUCUGAGAAGAUGGACCUUGAGGACACACAUUUCGGAUUCUGUUGAAUUGGUAUUCUGUGGAGAUGCUGACUACACCAUAAGGUAGACAUUAAGUCAUCAGCCCAGAGACUUCCCUUGAACUUCAGACUCAGAGACCCAGCUCUACCCACCUCACUUCUCUCCUCGGAGGUCCAUUAAUAUCCAUUUCCAAUUCCGAUAUCAUCACCACCACUAGAACAGCCUCUGUCGUCAACAUCUUGAAUUUGGAAAAUGGCGAGUCCGACCUUUCAGCGGGAGUUGUUUUCGACUCUCCAGCCCCAGUAGGUCCUGUCAGCUGUACCUAGAAGACACAGCAAGAAGGCUAGCAUUGCCCUUUCCGGCUCAUUCCCAUUGUGCUGCUCUGGCCAAGUGGCCUCACUCCCACCAUCAGUCCUGCAGCCCUUCUGCGUCCGCUGUUGCUUCUGCGCCUGCUUGUGCUCUCCUGUAGUUCACGCAGCAGCGAGAGGGAUUAUACUAAAGAACAAAUCACAUGAAGUCACUUCUCUGCUGAAAAAUUUCCAAUGGCUCUCAUUUUACUUAAAGUGAAAGUUGAAGUCCUUCAAGUGGCCUACAAGCCCUCUCUGUGGCCCUUGGUACCUCCAAUCUGUCUCCUCUUCCUCUCCUUAGCCCAGCACCAAUGGCUCUGGAACUUACUUUCUCAAAUAGGCCAAAUACACAGAUCUUUCAAAGACUCUUCCCUCUCCAUGAGUCUCUCAGCUCCCAGAUCUUUGAAGGUAUCACCCCUCACUUUCUUCACUUUUUUAUUCAAAUAGCCUUUUGGGAAGGCUGUCUGUGACGACAGUCCAGUGCCCCACGCGCCCCCGUCUGUUUUUCUCUGCUCUUGAGAAGCUUGCAGUCUAUUUGGAAAGUCGACACACACUCCCGUGAAAUGCGAAGCAAAAAUGCACACCGUCAAGGGUGCCCGAAGAGCACAACCCAAGUCUGCACCGGGAGACCUACGUGGACGCUUGCACAGGCUCGGUGCCCGGCUCAGGAGGCCUGUGAGGGCGCGGCGGGGACUUGGGCUUCACUCUGGACAACAGGAAACUGUGCAAAGUAGUAUCUCCUUUUGUCUUUCCCUACAGGGUUUUUCUCCUUGUGGAACGACUGUCGUUUCCAAAACCCACGGUUGCUCUUAGCAUAUUGUAUUUCAAUGGCGCGUGGGUAUCUCUUUCCCUGCUAGAGUGAAAUGGUACUGAAACUCUCCAGUGCCUGGAUGAGUAGAUAGGAAUGAAAUGAAGAUUAAAUGGAUUUAUGGUUAAUGAAAUGAAAUACUUCAGGGUACACAAGUAACCUUGCAGAAAGGAAAACUAUUUCUAGAAGGAUCCGUUGACAUACAAGUUUUGUGUGCAUCAAUGGUGAUUUUGGCAAAGUGCCCUGCUUUGUCCCUUGUGGGCAUCUAUAGACUUUUGGGGUCUAAGGGGUGAUUUUUCUUUCUUAUAAACAAAACCCAGUACAAGCAACGUUCAAUAGCUUAGGAGGCUUCUGUUGUUUGGUGGGAGGUUACGUGAUUUCACCAAUAUAAUUGUACAUUUUCCUUUAUUAGCUUUGUGAUUGAUAAUUCUCAGUAUAUACAAAGCAAUAUCUUAACUGCACAUAUGAGCUAUAAAGCAUAAUAUGAUGAUGAUCACAUUAGAACCCAGUUGGCAAUAUUACCAAUAAAUCGCUUUACCUACUUUUGUCCUCCUACCCCACCAGAGAUAACCAUGGUCUUGGAUUCUGUCAUUUUCUUGCCUUUUUUUCUAAUCCUUUUGAAAUCACACAUGCAUUUAAAUCGAAAUAAUAUGUGGCUUUGUUGCUUAGUCUUUGCUCUCAAAGAAUGGUGUCUGUGGAAGAAUGUUCUAUGGUUCCAGACCUCGGCAGCUCUGUCUGGCGAGAGGAUUUUACUUCCUGCCCCAGUGGCAUUCGGCUUGCUCAUGUGAUUUGCUAGGGUCAGUGACUGUGACUGAAAAUGCCAGGUGUCACUGGGUAAGCCGUGUGGGGUCUGCCUCUGUUCCUUCGGCAUGGUUCUUAGGCUGAUGAGAGGUGGACUCAACCGGUAACUGACCCCGUCAAUAAACGUGCAAAACAUAACCCUUUCUUGUACUAAGUCACUGGGAUUUGGGGAUGGUUUAUCACCACGCGAUCAACAUAAAUGGAUUGACAUCAUAUUAUAUGGCAUCUGGUUUCUGGGAAUUGCUUUAUUCAGGGAACAUUGAGUUGCCAGGUUGUCACAUGUGUCGAAAGCUCCUUUGCUUUCAUAACAAUGUUAGAUUGUGUGAUCAGGCCUUAUUCUGUCACAAUUCAUCUAUUGGUCGACAGUCGCUUUGUUGACUGCCUUAAGAAAAUUAUAGGAGGCUAUGUUGGAACGUGAAAGCUCAAGUAGAAUUUUCAUCGUGUGGAUUGCUUCAUCAUAUUCUGUUAAUAUGUGUGUGGAUUUCUUGUAAUAAUAGAAUAUAAGGCUUAACACGUGUUGAAGUGAGUAGAUAUACUUUCAGGGAAAUAGUCAAGAAAUCCGCUUUAACCUGGGUCCCUUCUCCGAUUAGCUGAGCUGUUUCAGAGACACUGUUUUCAAUUCCGAAAGGAAGGGGAUUUGAGCGAAUCAGCGGUUCCCAAACGCUCAUCUAUGGGCAGUGUUGGUCCCUGCCACUUUCCUCUCUUCUGUGUAAGAAUGAGAAACAGAGGUCAGUGUAGUAAAUUUUCCUUAAUGUGGAAAGUUAAUUAAAUUUUUUCGGUAUAAAGGACCUCAUUUAUUUGGUACAAAGAUUUCUUAUUUUGAGGUUAUCUGUAUUCCCUUUGAGGAUCGUUCUUUUCUGAAAUGAGGUUGAUCCGUCUUGGAAGUUCUUGGCCACAGCACAGUUGUCUCUAAGGUGGCCCAGGCUCCCCUUCGUCUGGAAAGGAUGGUGGGCAGCAGUUUCGUGAUUCUCCUCUAGCUUUAGAAGUGCAGCUGCUUUUUUCUGAAGAUGAUUCUUUGUCCUGGCCAGACACCACAGGGAUGUUAGGCAGAGACAGGAGGCAUGGGAACAAACAAGAAAUAAAAAGUUACUAACA